AACAAAUUAACCACUUCCUUCAUAAACGGAAAAUAAAAAACAAAUAUUAACCGAACUACGUAUCAUUUUAUGUUGUAACACGUAUAAAUACGUAAUCAUCAUCAAGAAUUAAAACUUUAUUACUUUAACCACCAGUAACGUUUUAAAUUCUAAUCGAAAACUACGUAUUUGAGUUAAAAUCGCUUCGCUUUAAAAUUAUUUUUUAAAGUUUCAUAACCUCAAUUUAAAAAAUAAAUAAAUAAAAGAUGGGUGACUCCCUUAAUAAUUUAGCUGUGUUUAAAACGAUGAAAAUCGGUUUUAUCGGUGGAGGAAAUAUGGCACGAGCUAUUGCGGAAGGAAUUGUGCAAAAAGGACUCGCCCCAUACUCAAGCAUGUACGUUUCGGGGCCCCACGAAGAAAAUCUCAAAGAAUGGAAAACGAAAGGUGUUCAAAUCACCACCGAAAACGGGGUAGUCGUCGAGAAAUCCUCCCUUAUUUUUCUAGCGGUUAAACCACAUAUUUUACCCGCUGCUAUCGCUAACGUUUACGAUACAAUCUCAGAUUGGGAGUUGACUGACAAUAAAUUAUUUGUUUCCGUUUUGGCUGGUGUCAAAUUAGAAGCUUUAGAAAGUAUUUUAACAAGAUUAGAAGGUAGCCGAGUUAUUAGAGUAAUGCCAAACACCCCUAUGAUGGUUGGCGCUGGUUGUAGUGUUUAUUGCCCGGGUCAACAUGCAACAGAUCACGAUUCUUUCGUCGUUAAAACAAUUUUAGAAGUUUCUGGAUUAUGCCAAUUAGUUCCUGAAUCGAUGAUUGACGCAGUUGGUGCUUUAACCGGUUGUGGUCCGGCAUUUAUUUAUUUAAUAAUUGAAGCAAUGUCUGAUGGCGCCGUUAUGAUGGGAGUUCCCCGAAAUAUGGCAACCAAUUUUGCUGCACAAACCGUUCUUGGCGCGGCUAAAAUGGUUCAACAAACUGGAAAAUCCACGGGGGUUUUAAAAGAGGAAGUUUGUUCCCCGGGUGGGACAACAAUCACUGGGAUACAUGCUUUGGAAUCUGGGGGAGUUAGAGCUGCGAUUAUGAAUGCAAUAGAAGCUUCAACAAAAAAAUCUGAGGAGUUGGGAAGGAAGUAAAGACAAAUUUAGUUAAAAGAAACUCAAUAAUUAAUGAUGGAAACUUAUUAUAUUAUUAUUUUUGAAUAGAAUCUAAAUAUUCUUUA